GCCCCGCCCAUCAACAUCCACAGUCGAUGAAGGGAAGCUGGGAGACCGGAGAAACAGGAGCAGGCGGUACAGGGCUUAGCGGCUCCCGCGUUUGUCCGACCCUUUACUAGAGCUGCUCCCUGGCAGUAGCGGUAAUGAUGGCGGCGGCUGUGGAGAGAGGAGGCGUGCGGGCCGCUUUCCUGAACCCGGGCAGCGGCGGUGGACCCUCACCGACCACACUCCCGACAGGAGCGCUAGCCGGGGCUGUGGUCAUGGGCUCCGGCUCGGGCAGCAUGCCUGUGCCCAUGAACCUCUUUGCAACCUGGGAGAUAGAUCGCUCAUCCCCCAGCUGCGUUCCGAGACUCUGCAGCCUGACUCUGAAAAAGCUGGUUGUCCUGAAAGAGCUGGAUAAAGAGCUGAACUCCCUCUCCAUAGCUGUCAAAAUACAGGGUUCGAAGCGUCUUCUCAGAUCCAAUGAGUAUGUCCUCCCUCCCAGUGGACUGAUGGAGACGGACCUGGAGCUCACCUUCUCACUACAGUACCCCCAUUUCCUCAAGAGGGACGCCAACAGACUUCAGAUCAUGCUGCAGAGAAGGAAACGCUACAAAAACCGAACCAUUCUAGGCUACAAAACUUUGGCAGUGGGAGUUAUCAACAUGGCCGAGGUGAUGCAACACCCAACAGACGGAGGACAGAUUCUGGGUCUCCAUAGCAACGUGAAGGAGGCACCAGUCCGCGUGGCAGAGAUCAGCGUGUUCUCUCUUUCCAGCCAGCCCAUCGACCACGAGGACGGCAGCGGACAAGCUGGUCGAAAGACCAAAACCUCAGACCGCUCCCCCGACAUGGACAAUUAUUCAGAGGACGAUGACGACAGCUAUUCGUCGGAGCAGGAGGCCAGCGACGACGCUGUUCACGGUCAGGAUCUUUACGAUGAAGAUGAUGAAGUCAGGAAGCCAAAGAAAGCCCGAAGGAAAAUGAUCAGAACCACCUCCAUGACCAGGCAACCAAAUUUUAAGCAAAAAUUUGUGGCGCUGUUGAAGAGAUUCAAGGUCACAGAUGAGGUUCUGGAUUCUGACCCGGUAGACCAGACCCAGGAGGUGGAGGAGGACCUGGAUCUGCUUUAUGACAGUCUGGAUAACCAGAGUGACAGCGGGCCAGAGGUGGAGGACAACGAGAGUGUCCUGAGCACUCCCAAACCCAAACUCAAGCCGUUUUUUGAAGGAAUGUCUCACUCCAGCUCUCAGACAGAGAUCGGGAGCAUACACAGUCAGAAGAGCCAGCAGAGAGAGCUGUCGUGUCUGAGUGGAGACUUUCUCACUGUGGACAGAUGUAAGGUGCAGGGAAGCCCUUAUCAGGAGGACGCCAGCGCAGACACGACGGUCGGGGAGCCAGAAAAUGAGGACAAUGGAGGAGGACCAGGUGAGGUCAACAGCUGGGAAGUCAACCCUGAGCGGAUCACCAGCACAGUUGGCAAGCUCUGCAAGACAGAGUCCCAAAACCACAUGUCUCCCAGUAAAGUGGAGAACCGACUGCAGAGACGUCCUCGCAGCACCUCUAUGAAAGACCGACAAAACUCAAAGGCCCAGAGCGACCGGACCAGCAGCAUGGAGAGUGAGUGCUCACCAGACUCGCGGCUAAUAGCUCAGGUUCCCAGGAAGUCAGUGUAUGACCAGCUAAACCAGAUCCUGAUCUCAGACGAACGGCUGCCGGAGAGCAUCAUCCUCAUAAACACCACAGAGUGGCAAGGCCAGUACGUAGCUGAGCUGCUCCAUGAACAGGGCCAGCCCAUCGUCUCCACCUGCUCUGCUGCAGAUGUGCAGGCAGCCUUCAACACCAUCGUUACCCGCAUCCAGAGAUUCUGUAACUGCAACGCACAGACCCCUCCCACGAUGAAGGUGGCCGUGGCGGGCGACCAGAGCUACCUCAGCACCGUCCUGAGGUUCUUUGUGGAGCAGCUGGCCAACAAAACACCUGACUGGCUCAGUUACAUCCGUUUCCUGGUCAUCCCUAUCGGUUCACACCCCCUGGCAAAGUACAUGGCCUCCUUUGACAGCCGCUUCAACAGCAUCUUUAUGGACACGGCCUGGAGGGAGCUGUUCUGCAGGACGGAACGGCCCGCCUCAGACUCCAUCGACGUGGCGGGAAGAGUGGUCCAGUAUCUGGCCGGUGCCAACGUCUCCCACCAGUUUCCCAUCUCAGAGGCCAUGCUCACCUACAAACAGAAGAGGAAAAGAAGUUUGUAUUUUGAUUUUUACAUCAGCCCCGAUGAAGACUCCUGUCAGAAGUUUGUGCCGUUUGUUGCGGUUGUGAAAGUUGGGAUUGUGGAGCAAAAUCUCUCAACUUCAAUGGACUCCGAUGAUGCAAUGGGUGGAAACACGAGCAUCCUGUCCUCCCCGACACCCCCAUCGGCUGGCCCGUAUGGGAAGGAGAUAGGCAGCACCCCCCCACAGUCUCCGUCUGUUUCCACGGCCCUGUCUGGAGCUGGCUCUCCGUGUUCAGGGAACGAACUGAUGGGCCUGCAGGUGGACUACUGGACCUGGCAAGGUCCCGAGAAGAAGAAGGAGGGUGAGAAGAGGGACGUGGGGCUGAAGAACACCCUGAAAAGCAACUUCCGCUCACUGCAGGUCAGCCGCCUUCCCAGCGGGGGUGAGCUGACUCCUCCCCCCUGCAUGGCCAUGACUGUCGUCACCAAGGAGAAGAACAAAAAAGUGAUUUUUCUCAGCAAGAAGCCCAAGGAGAAGGAUCUGGACUCCAAGAGCCAAGUGAUUGACGGCAUCAGCAGGUUGAUCUGCACAGCCAAGCACCAGCACACCAUGCUGAGAGUCACUAUCGAUGGAGUGGAGUGGAACGACGUGAAGUUCUUCCAGCUCGCAGCUCAAUGGCCCACGCACGUCAAGCACUUCCCGGUGGGAAUCUUUGGUUACAGCAAGCCCGUGUGACUGCCGUUCACAUCAGCUCCAAACUCUACUGAAGCUCAGAGAAAUGAGGGGGGGUGUACAGACAUGCCCCCGCAGUGACACUUUUCCUGUGGAAAUCUGAACGACUGGAACCGCCGGUUUCAGAACUUCGUGUCGUCCGUUUUGAUGUUGUUGGUGUUGUUGGGUGGCGUUGUUGUUUUUUUUUUACACACUACGAGAAGAACAAGUACUCUUUUGUAAGAUUCGUGCCGCCGCCUCAAAGGUAUUUGGAGCGAUUGCCACAUUUCGAUAUAGCAGCUGUGUUUGCACUUUCUGUUCAAAUGUUAUUAUUUCUGUGAAAUCCUACAUUAUUGUUAUUCUAUAGACGACGGAAGAGUGUGGUGGUGCUGUGCAGUGGCGUGUAUGAGAUUGUGUUUUGGUGUUGUUGAAAGUAUUGCUGUGAAUUUAGAUGGAAUCCUUUUCUCCUGGUUUUUUACUCGUCCCUUUACUUUUUCUAAACUGAAAGGUUGAAAUGUUGCUUUGAAGCCAAUCAAAGUGUUAGACGGUAGCUAUGAUGAAUGUAGCUCAUAACUUGUUCUCAGUUUGUCGCAUCAGUUCGUUGUCGACGCGGCUGGUGUGUUUGUGAGGUCAGAUGAUGCAUUAGAAACCAUGUAGAAGCAGGUUAGAGCGUUAGCUGAUCCGCCAGCAGUUAGGAUCCACUUUAGCAGAGUCGCUGGUGGCGCGUUUGCUGAGCUGUGUGUUUUCUCUUUGCUGCGCCUCUGCCAGGCUGCCCCCUCCUGGGGUGUGAAGUUUGCAGCAGCAGGACAGAGUGCAGUUGUGCCAAACUUUCCUCUACAGUGCAUUCACUGUUUCACUCGGCCAAACGUCAGAUGAAUAUUUAGCGUCUUCUGUUCCCGCGGACGUCAGGAUUACCGACUUGUAGAGUUCUACCUGCAACACUCCACGUUGAUGCCAAAGCUUAGAGCUGUGAGCAUCAACCACAGGGGGUGGAACCGAGCAAAAACCGUUGUGUCUUUGUGUGCAGCUUCACCGCGACAACCUGAAAGGCGCUGAAAGGGUCGAUGGGUAAUUCAAAAGCAGAAGGAGCUUGAACCAGACUGAAGUGUCGGUCGCUUUUCAGGCGGGAGGCGGGGUCUGGCGUGGCCCCUCGUGUCCGGGUUUGAUGGUACUCCCUGAAAAGUGUUACACUUUUGCAAUAGGAAAACCUUCGGGAAAAAGGGCCUUCUUUAUGAGUUUUGUUUUUCUUUUUUUUAUAUAAAUAUAUAAAGUGAAGAGCUUUGAUAGGCUGGCUUUUUUAUGACUGUAUAUAAAUGUAAACUAUAUAUGACUAUUAUGAAUUGCAAAGUUUCCCCUCUGACGAAAUUGAAAGCACAAAUAGUGCACCUUUAUGUCUCUGUGUAAAUGCCAAAUAUAUUUACAGAACUCAUGAGUAGAAAGUUACUGAUGCAAACGCGAUUUUUGUCAUUUACUUUGUAAAGCACUUUCAUUUUCUACAUGGCUCAGAUCGGGACAAACGUGUUUGCUGGAACUGAGAUGGAAACCACUUUUUAUUUCAUAGUGAUGAUGCGUUUCAUAACCAGCUCUGAAAAUCCGUCACAGCGGACGAAGGUUUUGCCACUUAUUGUUACCGAUGUGUUUGGAGUUCUCAUCCCAUGUUCAUCCUUCUUGUUUUGUUUUUUUCUGUACCAACAUACCUGCGUUUGUCCUCCAAAAUUCCUGAAGCAAAACAAAUCUGACCUCCUCCGUUUUUGUUCCCGCUCCUCCUCUUUGAUUGUUUUGUAGGCCAGGACUGAUCUUUCGUCCAGGAACAGUGUUGAUGUGGUCAUUACAGCUCAAACUAGCUACUUCCUGCAGUCUCAUUGUUCCCGUUACUUGAUGAAGCACCUAGUGUCUUUGCACAAACCUUAUUUUGAAAAUCCAUAACAGUAUUUUCAUUUCACCACUAAAAAGAAAAGAAUAUAUGGGUUAUUCUGCAUGUUUUGCUAUAGAUGUAAAUAUGUUUUUGGAUUUUUAUAUAUUUUUUUCUUUUAUUGCUCUGACAAGCGUUUGUGUUAAAUAAAAUUUUUAAUCUUCUGUACACAGAA